CUCGUAGGCCCGGGGAGGGGGGAAGGAAGAGGAAGGCUGAAACGUAACGUUGCCCGACUGCAAAGGGGGCGAAGGAGCUGCAGAGAAGAGCAGAGAACGACGAGCAGGUCGAGUCAGCAAGCGAUCAAUCAAUCGACAAGAGUCUCGCGAGAAUGGAGCACCCACCUCGGCCUGCUGCUGCUCCGUUGCUUGCUCGAGCGGCUGCGACUGGUGACCUUGAUGGUGCAGAUGUCGGAGGAGGGGGCGGAGCUCCCAAGCGCGAGCUCGCUGGACUAGGAGCAGAAGGUGGAGGCGGCGGAGCCGAAGGUGGAGCGGCAGGUGCUCUAUUUGGGGUUGGAGGGGCUCUUGGUGGAGGAGGCACUCUUCCUGGUGGAGCGGCAGGUGGGGCGGGCGGGGGUGCAGAGUGCCCAGCGCUGGGUCUGGAGGGAGGAGCGGGUGGUGGAGCGCUUCGUCCAGGUGGUGGUGGAGGAGGAGGAGGCGCUGACGGCGCUGCCGCAGUGUGUCGAGAUGGGGGUGGAGGAACGCCUCGCGGUGGUGUGGCUGCGGGUCUUGCGGGUGGAGGAGGGACCGAUCUAUUCGGAGCGCUGCUUGAACCUGGCGGCGGCGGCGGUGGUGGUGGUGGUGGUGCAGAUGGUGCGCCAGCCGCAGGUCGAGAAGGUGGUGGUGGUACCCCCCUGGACGGCAAGCUGGGGGCAGAGACAGCAGCAGCGACUGCAGGAGGCGGUGGAGGAGGCGGUGGAGCAGCAGCAGCAGCAGGUCGUGAGGGCGGCGGUGGCAGCCUUGCAGGUGCAGAAGGAGCAGCUACUGCAGGCCUUCCAGGGGGCGGAGGCGCAGCAGCAGAAGGCGGGGGCGGUGCUCGACCUGGAAGGGAUGGUGGUGCUGGUCUCGAGCUACCAUUUGCUGCGGUGGGUGGUGGAGGAGGAGGUGGUGGAGGAGCACCGCCAGGGCGUGGAGGAGUGCGAGAGGGCAAGGAUGGAGCUGCGGCUGUUGGUGGGACGGGCCUAUUGGCUGGAGGUGCAGGAGGUGCGACUACAGACGAUGUGAAGACACGGAAGGCGAGUGCGAGGUCAGUGAAGAUCGAGGAGAGUGAGUGCGACCUGCCAUGUGAGGCUCAGGCUCAGGCUCAGGCUCAGGCUCACCAGCAGGACGUGUGGGAGGAGGUGCACCUGGACCGCCCGAAGGUUUCAACUUGGGCAUACCUCCAGCGAACAGCCCGCCCAAGCCGGGCGGGCCUGCGGGAGCUCCGGCGCUUCCCGGUACCGGCGGGGCCGGUGGCCUGCCCAGACUGCCACCACCACCGCCACCGCCGCCACCCGCUCCCGCUCCCGCAGAUGCGCCUACACUUGGGCCUGAGCGAUCAUUGGUCUGAACCUCUGCGUGGUGUGAGGCGGAAGAGGAGGAGCGGGGGUUAGUGCGACCGGACCAGCCCAUGCAGCUGUUCGAGGCGAGACGUGGACGCUGAAAACGACGUGCACAGGUCGCAGCACUCACUCUUCAGUCCCUUGCCUUUCUUGAUGGCCUCCUGAAGUGCGCCAUCCAUGAUGUCA